CAUGAGGGUGAGUAAUUAAUGACAGAAAUUUCAUUUUUGGGUGAACUAACCCUUUAAUUAUCAAGAGUGAAAGAGUCUUGUGGAAUGCUGUCCAGUGCCACUAACCUAACAGUGGCUGGAAAGAAGCUGUUAAAAAGACGAGCCUUGUGAGUGCUGAUACUCAGGUCUGCAGUGUCUCGGGUUGUAGCCCGUGUUUACCCACUUAAACAGGGCAUAAACUGGGUAGUGUUUGUACCUAAGGAUGCUCUGUGCUUUUCUUCCUGCAGUGCUGGGUGUAUAUAGUGUCCAUGGAGGGGAGGUCAGAGCUGAUGGCCCUCUCUCGUUUUUAUGACCUGUUGCAGAUUUCCUCUCAGCCAGGGUGGUAUUGCCAUACACACUGUAAUACCGCUGGUGAGGAUGUAGCAGUCUGGUGAAAUGCGCCCUCUGCUGAGCUCUUUUCAGUGUUUUUAGCCCAGAGGUUCUCUGAAAUAUAAAAACUUAUACCUAACAGUCCACUCCACCUCAGUCCCCUGGUUGGUGAGAGGCCGCAGAGGGGGGGCUCUCUUCCUAAAAUCCAGAAUGAGUUCCUUGGUUUUGUCUAUGGUAAGAACAAGAUCAUUGUCCUCCCCAUAGAUGGUGAUCUUGUGAACAAAAUCCCUGUAUGAUGACAUGUUCUGUAUAGACACACACACACACAUAAUGGGAUUUUUCAGUUUGUGAAUGAAUUAAGGUCUGUGGUAAACAUAACUUUGCGAUAGUUUUGGUGUGUGCAGUUUAUGUUGUAGAACAAAGCAUUCAAGUAUCAAGUUAUGUUUACAACAGAUCUUAUUUCACUCAUAAACUGAAAAACCCUCAUCCCUGCAGCACUCUUUGGACAUCUUUUCAAAGAUUAACAUUAUGUUCCAAGUAGUAUGCAGGGGUAGUAUGUAACUUGUAGAAAUGUCUCAAGCAGGAAAUAGCUUGCCUAAGUGUUAGGGCCACAGUAUUGCUUAAAGUGGUGCAAGACCUUUCUGCAUAUGACGCAACCUUUGUUUAGCAUUGUAAACAUAGUAUUAAAUGCUAUGCAUUAAAUGCACCCAAAUGCUGAAAUUAUGUCAUCAUUUACUCACCCAUGAAUAUCCUGCCCACUCUUUUCAUUAUGAAAGAAUAUAAAUGAUAAUAAAUGAUCCCUUUUGCCGUCCCUCCAUUCAAGAGUGCACUUUGAAAUACUUAAUGUUAAACCACCAGUAUGUAAAAUUUCUACAUAUUAAAAAUGUCCAAUUUAAUAGGAAUGAUACGUUUUAGAAUGUUACAAUUUUUUCAGGCUUAGAUUUUUUUCAAGUUACAGGAACUACUAGACUGAUGCAAUGAAAAGGGAAAUUAUGAUGCCAGUCAGUUGGCACUGUUCUGUUCAUACAGCAGGUUUACCUCCAUCUUUAAUCAGCAGCAGGCAUUACAACUGAGAACUAAACAGGAGAUUCUGCUUUAAGAAAGUUGGAUUUCACAAAAGGAUGGAUAUCUGGACAGCAGAGAAAAUUCUUCUUCUCAGUUUUCUGAUGAAAGGUGUUCUGUGUAGAGAUUUCAGCAUCAGUCUGCCAAAGAAGAUUGAAGCUCUCAGUGGAUCCUGUGUGAUCAUAGAGUGCACAUUUGAAAUUCGUGAAACAUUUGACAAAAACCUCACUGAGAAUGCUACAGGAUGUUGGCAUAAAGAUGGGACUGAGAAAAUAGUUUUCAACUCCUCCAUGUCCAGCCAAAACUCCAUUAUUAAGGGAAAUAUAACUGGAAGAUUACAUAAGAAGGACUGUACCACCAUCUUUUAUGAUGUUAGAUCAAAUUACAGUGGUACUUAUUACUUUAGGCUUGAGGGUGAAGGUGGAUUGAAAUGGACUUACAGUGAAGCACAUGUUUUGAUCGAUGUGAUUGAGUCUCCCCCCAAACCCACAGUGAAGCUGUAUGAGGUUCAGGAUCAGGAGGAGGUGUUGGAGGGGAGCUCUGUGAGUCUGCGCUGCUCUGCUGAGACUCUCUGCUCCUCUCCUCCACCAACUCUCACAUGGAGCUCCACUCCCAGAAUCCCCCUCAGUGAGAGCAGCAGACAACAGGAGCUCAUCUCUGAUCUGAACUUCACUGCUGCUCACCGUCACCACAGAGUCACUUUCACCUGCACUAUAACCUACCAGCUACUGGACAAGAACAAAACGGCACAGGACAGCAUCACAUUACAUGUUCAGUAUGCCCCUAAAAUCUCUCCCUCCUCCAGUUGUAAUGGAACUGAUGUAACUGAGUGUUUCUGUGAGGUUGAUGGGAAUCCCUCUCCUGAACUGGAGUGGCAUCUGUCUGGACGUCCUGUCACUAACUCUUCAGACACGUUCAUCAGUGAAGAGCGAUUGAGCAGCACAGUCUUGAGGAGCUCCAUCACUCUACAUCAGUCACUCACACACACAUCUCUGCAGUGUGUCGGCAACAACACUCGUGGCACUGCAAGAAAACAGUUUCAGCUUUCUACAAAAAGAGGUCAACAUCUUCUCCCCAUCUUGAUUGGAGUUGCUGUUGGGGUUUUCCUGAUGAUGAUGUUGUGUAUCAUUAUAUAUUGUGCACGAAGAAAAAACAGCAGAUCCUCGCUGACAAAACAAGAAGAUACUACUGGAAUCAUUAUGACUGAUAAGGAUAUUCAACAAGAGGGCGAGAGUGAGUCUGUUUAUGCCAAUAAUGUCAUGCUGUCACCUGCUGAAGCUGCUACACUGAAUCUCCAAGAAUCCCUCCAUUAUGCCUCUAUUGACUUCAAAAACAUCAAACCAGAGUCAGAAGAAAUCAGGGGUGUCUCCUCGCUGACCACUGACUACGCUGUUAUCAGUUACUCUGGUAAAGUGAGGGAGACUAAAGGCUCUGUGAGAGGUGAUCAACCCAAUAGCAACGUCUCUGCUUUGAAGUCCCAAAAAUAUUAAAAUGUACCAGACUGGGGGACAAAUAUCAGAAAAGAGUCCUUUGAGCGAUCAGAAGAUGCAUAUGAAGAAACUUCACACAUCCUAAGACUGUUUCCACAAAAAAAGUUUGUCAUGAGUGCAGAUAUGGUUAAAAGUAAAGCAAGCAACUGAA